AUGACACAAACCCCGGACGACGUUGGGAUGAAUAUCACUGCCGAACAGGGUCAAUCGUCGGAGAAGGCCUCCGCGAAUGCGGAGCUUGCGAACCUGUUUACGGCUGCUAUGGCCCCUUUCGUGGGUCAGAUGACCAAACUUACCGAAAAUGUCAGUCUGCUGUUGAGCGGUCGCGAUCCAGAGUCGGAGGAGGACGGUGAAACCGCCUCUGCCGAAGCAGUCGAAGACUCUGGUCAUGAAGGAGUAGAUAUGGAAGCAAGUCUAUCUGCCAUCCUGGACUCUAAGACCACGGAUAAAGCAGCGCCCAGGACAGGCGACGCUUUUUUACAAGAGCUCGCUCAAGAUCUCUCGGUCAGAGAGCAAACCUCCCCGCCAAUUCAUGAAGGUCUGGCGGGCAUUUUUAAUGGGCUUUUGUCAGAAAAGAUGCCCGAUGACAAGAUCAAGGCGAAGCUCGACAAAUAUACACGGCCCGAAAACAUCAACGGCUUGAGAACGCCGAAGGUUAACCCCCUAAUUUGGAGCCAGCUGUCCGCCACAAUGAAAGCACAAGAUGCUAGAUCUCAGAAAGGGCAAAAUGCUCUCAUCGGCUCCGUAAUAGCCAUGACCAAGGCUACCGAUUUGGUUCUUGCAAAGUACAGCCAGGAUAAAGAUCUGACUACCCUCUUGACAGACGCUAUUGCAAUGGCGCUUCAAAUCAACCACGAGGUUAACCACUCGCGGCGCGUGGCAAUGAAGAAGGAAUUGCAUAAAGAUUAUGCAGCACUCUGCAACUCGUCCACUGUUGAAGGCUCUUCGGAGCUGUUGUUUGGCGACCUCUCCAAACUUGCUAAGGACAUUUCCGAAGCCAACAAGUUAACUAAGAAGGUUCGCCCGUCGCAUUCCACGAAUUCCGGUGACAAGUACGGGGGACGCUCAAGUUAUGGUUCGAGCCAGGGAAACAGAAGAUUUCACCCCUACUCAAAAGGGAAGGCCUAUAAUUUUUUAGGCAACAGCCGCUUCUCCAAACAAAGAAAGAAAAAGGACGGAGAGACGAGUCAGCGGCAAUGAAAAUGCCAGAGGUAUGUGAUGAAAACAUGACUCUCCCUAAAGGCCUCGAGCCUAGUAUACUAAGUACACUCAAAUUACAAACUAAAUUUCAAGCAGGACAGCUUCGAAAUUUCUUACCUCAAUGGAAAACUGUAACAACCGAUCCCACUGUACUUCAAUUUGUUUCCGGGGUCAAAAUAGAAUUUCAAAACAAUUCUCUGCCCACGCAACAACAUAAGAGACCCAGUGUUUUUAACACUAAACAGCAUGCUAUUGUUAAAGCGGAAAUCGAUAAACUGCUCACUAAAGGUGUUAUUAUACCCGCGGCACAGGAAGCGGGGGAGUUUAUCUCUACCAUAUUCCUUAGACCGAAAAAGGAUGGCACGCACCGCACCAUUCUCAAUCUUAAAGAGUUUAACGAAUUCGUAGCUUAUCAUCAUUUUAAGAUGGAUACCCUAGAGGCGGCCAUCAGUAUGAUGAAACCAGGCUGCUUUAUGGUAUCAGUUGA